UAUUCCCCCUCACUUCUCCCUUUACACACACAGUCUCAGACAUCCUUGUUGCCAACCUUGCUGCAAACACCUUCUAGGAUAAGCGUCACUUCUGCCUGAAGGACUGAGGAAAAGCACCUGCAGAAGCCCAAGAAUACCCCAGAAUGGGCAUGAGUAGUUUGAAAUUGCUGAAGUAUGUCCUGUUUUUCUUCAACUUGGUCUUUUGGUUCUGUGGCUGCUGCAUUCUGGGCUUUGGGAUAUACUUCCUGGUCCACAACAAAUUCGGGGUACUGUUCCAUAACCUGCCCUCCCUCACGCUGGGCAAUGUGCUUGUCAUCGUGGGCUCCAUUAUCAUGGUGGUUGCUUUCCUGGGCUGCAUGGGCUCCAUCAAGGAGAACAAGUGCCUGCUUAUGUCGUUCUUUGUCCUGCUGCUGAUCAUCCUCCUUGCUGAGGUGACCUUGGCCAUCCUGCUCUUCAUGUAUGAACAGAACCUGGAUCGCUCUGUGACUGAGGGCCUGAGCGACAGCAUCCAGCGAUAUCACUCGGACAACAGCACCAGGGAGGCGUGGGACUCCAUCCAGAAAUUUCUGCACUGUUGUGGUAUAAAUGGCACACAAAAUUGGCCCAAAGGCCCACCAGCUUCUUGCCCUUCAGAUCCACGUGCUGAGGGUUGCUAUAAGAAAGCAACAGUGUGGUUCCAGUCCAACUUCCUGUAUAUCGGCAUUGUCACUAUCUGCGUAUGCGUGAUCCAGGUGUUGGGGAUGUCCUUUGCGCUGACUCUGAACUGCCAGAUUGAUAAAACAAGCCAGGCCCUUGGGCUGUGACCUGCUACUGCCUCUGCUGAAAACAUGUGUUUCAUCUCUGGAUAUCCAAAACCACCUACGGCAUGAAGGCCUGAUGAUCGCCUUCCAGAUUGACAUCUUUGUCCCCCUCUCACCUCUUCCCUGUUUUGGUCCCUGUCUCACACAACCAGAGGAGAGGGUGUUGGCCAGGCACUUCCCAUCUCAGGAAGCAAGAUAUCAUUCACCCAUACUCAUGGUGGCAGUCAUGUCACUCAAAGCAGUGACACGAAUACUUGAACAUUUUUCAGACACAAGAGACCAAGAGAACCUGUGGCGCUAAUAGCUCACGAUCAAAGGAUGGGUCUGGGACUUAAAUUUUUACAUCUUCCCAUUGGCAAACAAGUUUCUUGUCUCUGAAUCAAGCAAGAGACAAGCGAAAGGGACCUCUGGAGCCUGACCUGCUAGAUCAUUGUCAUCACCCUAUUUCCUUUAGACGGAGGGUCUUGGCUACAGAAAUGAUGGAGUACUUCUCCGAACAGUGAGGUUUCACUUCAAUCUCUUAUUCAUUUAUUCUGUCUUUCCAGAGGCAACUACCCAAUUAUUCAUAUGCAGGCUUCGGCCAAAAUCUUAGCCUCUGAUUCUCAUAACUGUGGAGGAGCUCAGCAGGAGCAGUAUCUCUUGUGGUUCAGUUGAUGAUCACAUUCAGAAGAGUCAUGAUGUUAUUUCUUUAUCACAUAAGGUUUUUGUAAAUGUACUAUUUUAGCUCUUUAAUAAAUAAAACAGCAUAUGAUCUCUA